AUGUUUGUUCCUAAAGCCGGUGGCCGCAAUACUCGUCGGCGCCCGAGGACAAGCUCAGAUGACUCUGUCAAGCCACCGAAAGCCAAGAGACAGCGCUCAGUUUUGCGACGCCCCGAUGAAUCCCCUCCCGACUCAAAUCUAGGACGUGACAUCGUCAAAUUGGCACCAUCCACUCCCAAUGAUGACAAUGCCCCUGCGGAUCCAACGACCUCUGAUCUACAUCUACCGACUCGUCUUGCAAAACACGUUGAUGGUCUUGGACAUAAUAACGAGGGGACAAUCGUUCUGUCUAGUACCGAUUUCUACAAUGUGGAUCAGCUGCCAGCCUUGCCCGACCAAAUUCGCGGUUUACAGUCAGUAUGGCCCUACUCUGUAUCUGCCUCGUCCCCGUCCCCAUCAGACACAUUUACAGUAUCGAUUCCCGAGUCAUGCAGAGACCCAAAUGGUGCAGUCCCACUCGGAGCUCUACUUUCUACAGCUACUGGAGAGUACCCAGGUUUACUAGUGAUCAUUCCUUCUACUGGGAAGAUUAUUUACUGGGAGACUGUGUCCAGUGCAGCUUCGCUGGGCUUAUCCCGACAGAAACAAAAUGGCAUCCAAGGAUCUACACCUGGCCUACUUUCUGGUGAGUGUGCCACGGAAAUCUUGAAUGGAGAGCCUUCGGGAAUCAUCGCCACAUUCUCCACGGGGCGAGUAGCACACAUUACAUUGAGGGAUCCUCAAGGAAAACCCUCAGUACUCGUCAAUUUCUUGAAAAGUACCGCAGGAGUCAGUGGUGGUGGGAUCUUUGGUGGCAUCAAGAAUGUUCUUGGCGGUGGGUACUGGAGGAAAGAAGUCACUGCUGUUCGGGCUGGAGGUUCCCAUCAACGCGGCCAGCGAGAUGUGAUCAUUGCGACUUCGUCUGGGCUAAUUGAGAUCUGGGACACACAUUGGAAUCACGGAAAUGCCCUCAAGAAACGAUAUGAUGCCAAAGACGACAUUUUGGCAGCUCUUCCUCAGAUUCCAACAAAAUCGACAAACGACCCAGAUCUGAAAAUCCUAGACUUUUCCUUCUCUGUACUACAAUCCUCUGAUGAUUCUGUUCAGCCUUCAGAUGAAUCUUGGAGCUUGUUCCUGGUUGUUGGCUCGUCCCAAUGGGCAGAAAACAAGGCCCUGUUUGUGGUUCAAGUUCACUUGUCAGGCACUGAGUCCCGUGUGGUUUCUACGCAUCCUGUGCAUCUACACCACAUCCCAGCUAUGUUCGAUGACCCAAAGCCCAAGAUUUAUGUUCCGAAACCAGAGACAACUGCCUUUAUUCUCGUUGGUCAGUCUCUUGUCAUUCUGUCAUUGACAAGUGUUGAGGAAACACCAACCUCACAACUACUUCUCGAUUCAAAUAAGGUACCCCUGUCUUUCCAAGAUACCAUUCACUUGCGAUCUGGUGAAGAGCAUGAAAUAUUGGGGUCCACAUCAGAAAAUCAAUCACAGCACAUGCCUUACGCAGCAUGUGUGCUCAUGCUUCGGAAUUUCGGGAUGAUUCGUGUCACGGUACUUCCUCGUCCCGAUGCAGAAGACGAUUACGAGCAGCCGCAAGUCACCGCGAAGCAUAAACUUGAGCAGGCUGUUUUCUAUGGCACCAUGGCAAAGAACCCGUUGGAUCUGUCCAGCGAAAGUGACUUAGACUUCCCUCCAUUGGAGAUUGAACAAGCAUCCUUGGAAAUAUGCAGAGAACUCCUUCGGUCUGAAUGUCGGUUCAUUCCAAAUACUACAAUCUCACUCGAGCAGCAUCUUCGACUGAGAGCAAAGGCAUUGGACGACCUUACAUCUUUACUUCUACGCAUAGGAAACCCCUUGAGUCGAGCAGCAAAAUGGGAGCUCCUGUGGGCUGCCGAGAAAAUUGCAGCGCAAAGGGCCAUGUGGAAGGUCCAGGAGGCCUAUAAGUGCAAAAAUGAGGACUCCUUCCUUGGGCACGUCAUUGGGUCAAUGAGCAACAAUUUCAAGACCCCAAUUGACCCGCAGAACGGCGAUACUGACUUGGUGCGCCAAUGGUUCCUCAUGGAUUCCUACCGCAUGGAACAUAUUACUCCGUGGAUCAAAAACGCUGUCAAACUCGGUCGAGCUGAAUCUUGCGAUGAUGUACUUGAGUCUCCUGAGCGUGCGCGGAACCUCUCACAGCAGAUUCUCGAGGCCAGUGAACUGUUUCUGGCAGUCAUGGAAACAGCUUUCCGGUAUCGCGAUGAGCAUCUUGCGCUUUAUGGUCUGAGCGAAGACUUUGUGGAGGAUGGUGUUCUGUCCGAUGGGUAUGAAACUCUACCCGAGUUCUGGACAUCGAGAGGGGUGGGUUAUAUCGAAGCUGGAAAACUACUCGAUUUGGAACUUGACAGUCGACGUUCGUGGAACAGCGCAAAUUUGUCGGGUGCAGAUUUUCCUGAUACCCAGGUUCUGAAUCAAACAGCAGCAAACAGCGCUCGGCAUCUCCGCGUUCUUGGCCAAAUGCACCAGGAACGAACUCGAUGGCUUUCUGCUCAAGGUGAUUCAAAGCUUGCCGAUGAGAGCGCUUCGCUCGAACAUAUGCAUGUCGAAAACCGCAAGUGGUACCUCUUUAAGUUGGCCGGUAUUGGUCAUCUUCAAGACGCUCUCAGGUUAGCAGAAAGCUUCCGUGAUAUGGAUGCUUUGGUUGAAUUGAUCGUUGAGCUUCAGGAUCAAAAGAAAACCCGCCCAGUUCAAGGCUCUUCAGACGGUCUGCCGACAAGUGCAGAUCAGCUUGAUCCUGCCCAACUAAUUCCUACAUACUUCGACAAGUUUGGAGACAUUUGGGCGGAUGCGUACUUUUCCCACAGAAUCAAGUUCGGAUUCCCAGGAACGCUACUUGCAAUGCGGAAAUACCAACCUGCCGUGACUCGGUUCCUUCGGCAGAACCCCGCGUAUUCUCGCUUGAGCUGGAUUAACGAUGUGAUGGGUGAAGAUGACUUUGACACGGCUGCGACCUCACUAGAAAAUCUUGCGCUCAACUGUGAAAAGGACCUAUGGAGCCACCGUGUUGAAAUAUCGCUAGCUAAGUUAAGCAAGCUAGCAACAAAAGAGCGGAUGGACCCACAGGCUCAACCUUCUCUGGUUUUGGAAGGGGAUGUCAAACGACUUGAGGAUUACAUUGAGGUCGAUGGAAUUCAGGAUACCCUUUAUGAGCACCUUCGACCAGUUUGGGAGGGUGCAAUUGACCGAAAGGCUGAGGCUGAAUUGGCGCUCGAGUGCUAUGGGGGACAUCUAUUCGAAGAUCGUCCAUCACUUCGUGAAGUUUUGAGUGAUACUCUUUUCACCCUCGUCAACAGACAGGUUCUUGCAGUUGACGAUUUGGUUGACCUCUUGACAUUGCUCGGGCCUGUACAGCACACAGAAAACGAUGAUGAUGAGAUUGUAAGGAGCGAGUUCCAUCUGGCCCUACGGGUUCUUGAUCAUGGUCGCUAUGGCCAGCGAGAUUUGUCAUACUUCAUGGCUUUGCGAAGGCUAAUAUGGCGGCGAUGCAUGAUCAAGGAUGACUGGGUGGCUCGAGGCAAGGCCGCUGAAGGAUCAAAUGGCGAUUCUGAUAGCUCCCUUGGUGACACUUCCCUCAGUCAAAUUUUGAUCGCAUGCUUAGAGGAGGGUCCCAAAACAACCAGCGACCUUUCUAUUUAUGCAGCUCUUUCUCCUGCUGAUGCCUUGAUGACCGAUACAGACGCUGACAUUCUUGUUUCGCGAUUCCGCCCAGAGCAAAAAUCCCGAUUGGCGCUUGACCUUCAGACUGAAAACGACAUCCUACGCCAGUACAUUGAGAUCGGAAAGCUUGAUUUCUGGUUCCAGAAUAUUCUGAAAGUGACCAAGGCCCAGGAGUUAGCUCCGGGUGGAGUGGAUGGUAGUGCUGAAACUGAGGUUUGA